UCAAUUUCAUUUCACACUCUUCUUUUGUCUUUCUCAUUUACUUUUCUCUUAUAAAAGUUAAUAACUCUUUGUCUCAAGUUCCACCUAUUCUUUUGUGUCAUUUUCUUCCCUCUCAACACAAAUCCCAUCCUCUUUUCUUAGUCAUUCUAAGCUAUGGCUGAUGACAAAGGUUCCUUCAGGAUGGAACCCAAAUCUUCAUCUUCAUCCAACACAACAACAACAACAACAACCUCAUCCUCACAAAAACAUCAUAGGACUUUCAUGAUGGCCGAAAACAUCCUCAGAAUAUUAGUCAUUGUUCUCACUGCAGUUUCAGUUGUUGUUACCGUCACCAACAACCAAACCGUUACGCUGUACACUUUUCAGUUUGAAGCUCACUUUUAUUACUCUUCAUCUCUAAAGUUCUUUGUUGCUGCAAAUAGUGUGGUCUGUUUCUUGUCAGUGCUAUUACUCAUAUUCAGUUUUCUGAGGAGGCAACAGACACAUGAACGAAAAGACUACUACUUCCUAUUUUUAUUUGAUUUGGUGAUGACGGUGUUGUUGAUAGCUGGAUGUGCAGCAGCCACAGCCAUUGGGUUUGUGGGACAGUAUGGAGAAGACCAUGUGGGUUGGAUUCCAAUAUGUGAUAAUGUGAAAAAGUUCUGCAGAACCAAUUUGGCUUCACUUUUGCUUUCAUAUUUGGCCUUUUUAGUCAAUUUAGGACUCACAGCUUUAAUAGCUUACAAAUGCACCGUAUGAAUGUUUCUCUUAUGAAUUUCUCACUUUCACAUGUAUCUAAUCAAACAUGCUCCAUUCUCCAAUAGUUUGUACCUAGUUAUGUCGUUUUGUAUGAAGUUUCUUAUAUGUAAUAAAAUCUAUUUUAGUAAAAAAAAAAUGAGUUUGGUGUA